CUGAACUUCCUGUCUGUUGCUCCUCUUGAAGUGUCAACAAUGGCAGCCGAAGGAGAUUUUCUGACGCGCUACCGGGCGGUGUCAAAUAAACUGAAAAAACGUUUUCUGCGGAAGCCUAAUGUCGCUGAAGCAAGUGAACAGUUCGGUCAGCUGGCCAAGGAGCUCAAACAGCAGGACUGUGCUCAGUAUGCUGCCUUCUGUAAUCUCGCCAUGGCCCGCUGUGAGCAGACCCUGUUCAAUGCUCCAGGAGAAGCCCUGGCAUUGACUGAUGCAGCCAGACUCUUUCUGGCCUCAGAACAGGAAACCAGAGCGCUGAGGGCUCCUGGUUUCGAUGAGAAUAUGCAGGCAGCCAUGAACUGCUAUAGUUUUGCGAUUAAGGUCUAUAUUGAGAUGAAUCAGCCUGUUAUGGCGGCCAGUCUCUCACUGGAGCUUGGCAAUGCUCUGAAGGAGAUGAACAGACCCGGGGAGGCGAUAGUUCAUUUCCAGAGAGCCGCAGAACUGCAGAUUCAGACUCCAAUUGAGGCCCUGCUGUCACUGUGGGAAAUGGCCUCCUGCAAAAUACUGACCCGUGAUCAUGAGGGCGCUCUUGCCGUUCUCUCUGAGAUGCAGCACAUGUGUCGGGAAAGAGGACUACAGCUACCCGGGACAAACACCCCUGUCGGAGCAUAUAUGGAUAUCAUAGCAAAGUGCGAAAUCUCCAGGGUAUUACUUCUUAUGUUGCUUGAGCCUCCCCCUCAAAAGCUGUUACCCGAGCAUGCUCAAACACUAGAGCGAUAUGCCUGGGAAUCCUUCGACUCACACAGUCAGGUAAACUUUUUUCCAGAAAAUGUGUUCCUCCUUCUACAGUCGGUUGUGAUGGCCUGUCAGGAAAAGGAUACAGAAUCUCUCAAGGCUCUCCAGACAGAACUAUGGCCUCUCCUUUCGGCAGAACAGAAUCAUCUUCUCCACUUAGUGGUUCAGGAACGAAUUACACCCUCCGGUCAGGGCAUAUGAUUUGGUGCCAUACACCCCCACAAAACAGUUCUUAUUGGAACAUUCCUAAGCCAGUGCCUUGUGCAUUUUGCAUGAGGAAUGUAGAAGGUCACUGAACCUAGCAGAGCUGUACAUACUCAUAUGAAAAUGUCUCAAAUAACAGAAGAUUUCUUUGCUUUUGUGAUAUGAAUGUACAUGUUAUUCCCCAUUUUCAUAUAAUGGUAAGAUAUUGUGUGAAAAAGGUAAAUGAUUAUGUUGAAGCUUAUUUAAAGUUGUAAAAUAUUGAUGUUGUAAAUAAUAAAAUAGCAGAAGAGAUUCUUAUCUGA